AUGCCCCGAAACUCUUCGAGACGGCAAACCAGGAACAGACCUGAGACGCCCCCGCGCACCCCAUCAAUAAAUAGACGGUCUCCAAUCUCGUGGAAUUACAUUGAAGAUUGCAUGCUACUGAGAGGAAUGAUCCAAGCUUUGAACGAAGGAACCCUCUCAAAGCACGUAUUCGAGAAGCUAGUGAAGAAAAGAGGAGAUGAUCGCUAUUCUGCUGAUACUGCGAGACAGCGCUAUAGAUAUCUCAGCAACAUAUGCACAGCAGUCGAGAAGGACCGCCGCAACCUCUUUCCACAUUUGGUUAUGCCAAAUCUCGAGGCGGACAAGCACGCAGACGAUACGUACAUAGAGCCGGAAGACGAUUAUUUCCUAUCGCCAAACCAAACACCAUGUUCCAAUGCGAGCACCUCUCCUUCAGUCGAGUCUUCUGCUACUCUGACCCCAACUCCCCGCCGCAGCCAUCGGCGGAGCAGCCCUGAAGAGCCUGGCACACCCACCCGCGCAUACCACCGUAGGGAAUCUGACCGACGGCAGAGCGGUGCUCCUUAUCAGCGUGGUGGAUCGUCGCGAACGAACACCCAGCCUCCUGCAAGAACUCCCGCUUACCCCAGGCGUACUCAAGGACCGAGUACCUCGCGUGGUUCUCGCCAGUCACGAUCUAGGUAUCGAACAACCGCGGCCAACCAGAACGUCCGGGCUGAGAACCAACAUUGGAACUUUGAGGCAAGCUUCACCCAAAAUUGAUUGCCGGUCUAUUCAAUGAAUCCUAGCUUUGUCUUUCACUCAUUUCGGCUUCCUGUUAUUUUUCUUUUGCUCGAGGGUUCCAGCAGUUGUCGGACCUGUCACUCGUUAGCUUAUGCUUGGCUUUCUGCUCAAUUGUUCCUUGAUCCGUUCUCGAGGCUACUUUUUGGAGUGAAAGAAUGAAAGAAUAUGUCCUGUUCAAGUUGUUGUGCUCUAAUUGUGCUUAGCUCUACUUUUGUUUCCUUCUUUUUUUCUUCCCCUGAGCUGUUAUUUUACUAUCAUGUUUCCAUUUGACCUGAUC